ACAUGCAGCUCUGCUUCCAGUGUCCACCAUCUUUGUCAAAGUUGCCACAAAAGUAAAAUCGUGACGGACGGCAAAUUAUAAAUUGCAUAGUGUUGACUAUUGUGGAAAAAACCAGAGGGAAAGGCCGCCAAAAAGAAGUUGGUGAAAAGCAGGCGGGGAUUGGAUUCCGAUUCCAGCUGACCAGACGCUACCGAAUCCGUUUCCAGAGGUGCGAGAAAGAGAUAGCACGUGGAACGGGCAAAGAGUGUAAGCAGGAAGGGGAAAGAGAAACUGUCAGCCGGAAAAACUGAAAAUCGAAGAGGAAAAGAAGCGCUUGUCAAAAAUCAGUUGGAAUCCACAGAUUUCUUCAGCAGGAAAUUCUUACUACGCAAAUUCGCACAUUACAAAGCAGAAAUGAAUGCCAAGCGUGUAAAGUACACCACGGUAAAGGAGGAAAUCGUGCCCGUCCUCAUCCAACAUGACCCAGAGGCGGACCCCGAAGAGGAGGCCGAAGAAGAAGAGGUUCAUGAGCUCGAUCAUGACGACGAGGGCCAGGAGGCGCAGUACACAUAUGCCUACGCCACCGCUGAAGAUGACGACACCGAAACAGCGGUGGUGACCCUCAGCGAUCGGGAGCACGAGGCCCUGGCCAAUGCUCAGGAGGUCAUCAUCGAUGAAAAUGGGCAUGCCGUGACUUUACAGCAGCUGGUAGAAAACAGUACCGUCGAGGAGGUGGAGACCAUUGAACAAGGAGACGGCACCCACACCAUCCUUCGCAUAGUGCCUAAUGUACAUGACGAAGAGGUCGAGGACGCCGAAGAGGAUGAAGACAUUGAGGAGGGUGAAGAGCUGGAUCAUGACGAUGAAAUCGUGACCGUGGAGCACGAGGAGGGCGAUGUCGACGAGGACGAGGAUGAUGUUGGCUCCAUCGUUUUCGAGGGCACCAUUGACCAGGCAGAACAGGAUCCGCAUGCCCGAAACAAGACCUUCUAUUGUCCCAAUUGCGGCAAUUGCUACACUGCCGCUGGUUCUCUAAAACUCCACAUGCGCGCCUGCCUGCGGCAAAGAAACGAGGUCUCCACUGAGGAUCGUAAGUGCAAAGUUUGCAGCAAGGUUUUCAAUUCCGUGGCUUACCUCAAGGAGCACAUGAUGCGGCACACGGGUGAGCAGCCUUUCCGCUGCACCCGUUGCUAUAGAAAGUUCGUUGACGAGGCAAAGUACGCCGCUCAUAUGGAGUCGCACAAGCACCAGGACAAGCUAGAGGCCGAAGCGGUAGCUCUGGCCGCCCAACACGGUGGCAGAAAGGUGGUGGUGAAGGAAUUUCAAUGCGCCUUUUGCUCGCAAUUCUUUACGGUGGUCUUCGAUGUGGGCCAGGUGAAGCGCCGAUAUGCCUGCGACGCCUGCCGCGACAAAUAUUCCAAUGCGGAAGCACUGCGCCAGCACAAACAGCAGGUGGAGGAGAAACGCGAGUUCAGCUGCGAACGCUGCGGUAGGAAGUUCGUUUUCGAGGGCUUCCUGCAGCGCCAUUUGCCCAACUGUGAUGGCAGCAUCAAGCGACGCAGGGACAUGAAGUAGAGGCGGCCGCAACGUGACAGCAACUGGCGGCGACGGCAGCAGCAGCCGGAGGAAGAGGAUGAGGAGCAGGAGUCGUCGCCGCCAAUGCGUUACGUUGUUAUAAAGCAGGAGGAGCACGAUGAGUAGCAAUAGGAUCAGCUGAAGCACUAUCUAGAUUUUGAUGAUAACCUGAAGGGAAAUCUUGAUUAGCAGUCAGAACCACUUGAAUCAUAACAAGAAGGACCAGUUGCUGGCUAUCACAAACGCUUUUUUUUUUUGGGCUGCAACGACAUCUUCCUUUAACCAAUUCCAAUGGAGAGCGCCUUUCUUUUACUUAUUUGUAGACAUACGUAUAUGUUAUGAUUUUGUUGCCACCUUUGCGGCAUUAAAUGAGAGUUGAUCAGCGAACACACACGGAUGGCGACGAUGGCCAAUGUAUAGAUAUAUAUUACUUACUUUUAAUUACGACUACAUAAUAAUAAAGCCCCAAAACACCCGCUAUUGUGUAAUAACCCCAAACCGAAAUGCUGGCACACAAACGAGCGUAAAAAUCGAUGUUGAAUUCAAUAAAACACUAAAUCAAAAACCUG